AUGGCGGCUGCCCUAGACGAGGUGGCAUCCGGCCGCAUCCCGAAGGACCGCCUCGCCCUCAAGUGCCUGUACGAUGACAUGGCCUCAUGGCCAUACCUGCAGGACACGGAGCCCGCGCGGCCGGCCGCCGCGCCGGCCGCCGCGGCGGCUGCGCCGGGCGCGGCGGGCGAGGCGCGGGACGCGUACGCGGCGCUCAGCCAGGCCGGGCCCGAUUCGAUCGUGAAGCCGUACAUCAUGGGGAAGGAGGCGCGCGCCGGCGACAAGCCGCAGACCCUGGCAGACCUCAUGCCGGACUGGGUGGGCUACGGCACGCUCUACGGUAUCAGCCUCAUCCCUGUUAUGCUGGCGGUGGGCGCGGUGGCGGUGAUCUUCUUCAGCUCGCUGCGGUGA